AAUUUUUCAAAAUAAAGAAGAAUAAGUACACAUAUAAUUGAACGAUCGAUGGAAGAGCUAGCUAUAUAGAGAGGAAAACUAAAAAUAAAACCCUCAAAGCUAGUCAACCCCACAAGUAAGAAAUACUACUAAGUAAAUAUUUGAAAGGGACAUAUUGGUUUCUUCUACCUCUUGUGAGAAAAGCAAAUACAGCCCUGAAAGCUUCAACAAAGUUUCGUUUUGGUGCUCACACAAGGAAAGAAGACAGACAAAGCUAGCUUAAAGGAAAGAUAGGAUUUUUUCCCCUUGAAUAUAUAUUAAGAUGGUCUUAUUUCUCUAGAAUAAUCUUUAGUAGGUAACUGAUGGCUGGAAACCCUACAAAUAACUGGUGGAGUAUGAUGAUGAACGGAAGCAUGCAUCCCAAUCAUGAAUCUCAGCUGUUUUCUUCUUCUUCGUCGUCGUCUCAGCAUUUUUAUGGAUCUUCUAAUUUUUUGGCUGAUAUUAAUAUUCCAAGCCAAGAUUUCCCUCGCUCAUGGAGUCAGCUACUUCUGACUGGAUUAUCUGGUGAACAAGAAAAGUCAGGUAUGAGUCAUUAUCAUCAGUAUAAGAAGCUGCGGGAGAAGUGGGAAGAAGUCCAAAGUUUGAAUUCCAUCAAUCCAUCAUCUUCUUGUUUUAGGGUUCCUGUUGUUGAUGUAAACCCGCAAGUAGUGGGCCAAGUAUUGUACGGUAAUUACCAAGAUUUGCCAGCAGCUUCAUCACCAGCUAACUCUUGUGUUAUCACAAAUUUAAGCCAUGAUAUUUUGAAUUUUUCUGGUAAUAAAAUUACCAGUAAGGUGGAAGCCAAGCAUCAACAUCCAGACCAUUCAUCCGAGAGUAACAGCACAAGCAGUGGAGGGAUAACUAAUAAGAAGGCAAGAGUUCAACAUUCCUCAGCUCAACCAUCUCUCAAGCUGCAGGUAAGAAGAGAGAAGCUAGGGGAUAGGAUAACAGCUCUCCACCAACUUGUUUCUCCAUUGGAAAGAAGGUCACGGGUUCAAGCCGUGGAAACAGCCUUUUUCAGAAAUGCAAGGCAUUGAGCUCUCCAUACAUGGGCAAUGUAGCAGGAAGCAUGGGUCACACUCACCAACAAUCUGUGAGUAUAUAUCUGAGUUGUUCUUUUCUUCACACUUUCCAAUGAACGACCAAGAUUAUAUUCCAUCUUCUCUUUCACAUCCAUCAUACACCUGCAUGUGACUAAUCAUAUAUUGGAUUAUUAUUUGAUUAAUUAAUAUGAAAAACAAUUUUCUACCGUGAUUCAAGAAAAGUAGUUGUUUAUUAUACAACGAAUUUGAUCAUGGCUGCUUUAUUGGAUCCCUCGCCAAAAAGCAAGCUUUGAGAUGCUUUGCAUUAGUAUCAAAAUUUCCUUUACACAAAGAAAUUGUCCUAAGGUGCAAAAGUUGCCAACUUUAUGAAUUCAAACAAAUAUUGAAGUUCUUGAACGACAUGAUCUCUUUAAAAAAAAUUGGCUACUUUUUUCAAAAUAAA